AUGGAGACCUUUGAGAAGAAGCCUUACUGCCGUGCCCACCUCCCCACCUUCAAGGCCACCACCGUCUCUGACGACUUCAUCACUAAGGCCAACGCAGCCAAGCCGGUCGGCGAUCUGAAGAGGCAGCAGGGCAUUAACAAGAUGGAGGGCACCACCUUCAACUCCACCAACGUCACAAGGGAGAGUGCCGGCUGUGUCGUCCCUCGGUGGGACGCAGAGGGUGGUCCGGUGCCCGACGUGUCCGAGCCCAGCAACGAACAGGCCGCUUCGUUCUGGAACCAGCAGGAGAAUGCCGAGCCCGCGGCGGCGACCUCGCAGCACGUGGACGAGUCGCUCCUGGCGGCCAAGUCGGGUAGUGGGGCGGCUUCGUUCUGGGCGCAGCAGGAGAAGGCCGCGCUGGAGCCCGCCAUGGCGGAGCUCACCAUCCAGGACGACCAGCACCAGAAGGACCAUCACGAAGAACCUGCCGCUGCCGAGGAGUAUCAAGAGUAA